AGCUCCCCCUCCCCCCACCACCUCUAGCGUUCUCUGCCUUACUUUUGCGCUAACACGAAGAGAAGAAGGGCGUCAAACCGGAAACGCACAACUCUGGACGCCUUCCGCGCCAGUGCAGCCGAAGGUGCGUCGAGAGAAAGUCGCAGCAACCACAGAUGAAAGUCAUCGUGCACGGUGGUACUCUUUUUUUCGUUUCUCCCCCUCUCUCUCGUUGCUCGAACGCAGACGAUCCUCCAGAACCUGCGUCUUCUUAUUUUCGGAGCCGCACUUGAUUUGUUAUUUUUACCAUCGCGUUUGCUUAAGCGCACUUCUGCAAGUGCUUCUUUCUUCGGUUUUUCUUUCUUCUUGCUUUGCUCGUGCAAACGCUUCCUUCGUAGUAGAAAGGCGAAGUACAGAAAAAUUUUGCGCUCUCCUCGUCACAGCAACAUCGCUGUCACACGUGUGUAGCUCGCCAUGGCUUCUUUAUUUUUUCCCUGCACCGAUACUUUCUAUUGCUCUGCUUGGUCGCGUUAUUGUUCAGGGGCGCAACGACUGCUCUUGAGUUUUUAGCUUUUACUUGACUAUCGUAAUUCAAAGAGAGAAAGGUUCGUGCGGUCCUUCUGCGUUGCAGCCUUGCAGCGCACGCCGGAAUUUGCGCGCACACAGACACACAGACACACACACACAUCCACACGAUGAGUGCUCGACGCCACUCCUCCAACAACACCAACUCCUCAUGGCCGUCCCGCUCGCUUUCCUCCGCGUCCGAGGCCAUCUUCCCUACGAGGAACGCCGGCGCCGUACCACCUCUGUUAGGACUUCAACAAGUGGCCGGUAACACCUUUUCCAUGCGAGAGAUGACGGUGUCAUGGGCCUUGCCUGUCAACACCCUUGAUGAAGCAGCGACCGCAGCGACCGCCACUCACUCCCCGCUCGUGCGGCCCGAACCGUGCUUGCCUUCGCAGCUUCCAGCAAACACAGCAGCAACGAUGACAACAGCAGAGAGGACGUCAGCCGCUGCCGCAGCAGCGACUUCGUGCAUUACGUCCAACACAUCACCGAGGGCGGGGUGGCCUGAGCGGUUCCCGGCGCCACUGUCUUCUCGUACCACUCCUCGUUCGAUGCAUAACGGAGCAUCGAAUCAGUUUAAGCAUGCACCGCAUGACUUACAGCAGCAACUACAGGGCACUAGCUCUGUUGAAGCAAACAUGUUUUCCCGCCGUUUCCGUGCGUCUGGCCGACGCUGGAAGGGCCGAGCGGCAACGUCUCCGCGCCAGCCGCUGCAACCAACCACCACAAAUGGGAGUUUUCCACACGCACAGGGGCUGGCGGACGCUGUGGCAGGUGCGACGUCGCGUUCCGCCUCAGUUUCGCCGGUUGGUGCACUAAACAGCGUCGACGCGUUCUUGAGUCCUCCUACGUUUGACCCCAUAGAGCACCGUGCGCAGGAGAUGAUAAGCUGCGCCUACCAGUGCGCACGGUCUUGCCAUUUCGGCACACACGUGCCCAUCUCCUGCACGAUGAGUAGCUGUCCCGACACGAGUGACGCCACAACACUUCUGAUCGCUCCGCAUCAGCCGCUGCUGCCCUCCGCGAUGAAUGGAACGAGGCGCGUCGCCGUCCACCACAGCUCUUCCCUGUCUCUGUCGCCCCUGCUGUCCGCGCAGCACGCAGAUGGGAGAAGCUCCCAAAUGCCGCUUCUCUCUCCCUCUGAUGCGGCGGUGCAGCCAGCGCAGAUGGAUGCCCUCCGAAACCUUUUCCAGCAGUACAUCGAGGCGCAACGUGCUUUGAAGCCAGCGUUGCGGCAGCUGCACCUUUCUCCGCACGAACCUCUCCCGCCUGCGUUGCAGGAAGCGGUGCUGGAGAAGGUGCUGAACUUUGCGGCACAGCUGCAUCCCCAAGCGCCCCCACAACUGGCACCCGCUGCUUCGGACGGUGACAAGGGGUAUCCUCUACGCCACAGACCCCCCAGUGGUUCGUCUUACACGGACUCGAUGACGUCUUCAACAGCACAAGCAGAGAGGCAGAAAGCGACGCAGAGGGACACGCCACGGCAGCGUGUGGUGCAGCGCAAAUGUGAAGACGUGGGCUGGGAUGCCAUCCUGCCUUUUCUUGCCGACCCGCCCGUCGGUGCACACGCCACACUGCGUGCCGUGGGACCGGGAAGUCGGCGCCGCCUCGAGCAACACGCGUGGAGUUGGAUGGUGGAGGAAGUGCGCGCGGUUGUCUGCCCUUUUAUCGUGGAGAACGGCGCGGAGAUGCACGUGCGGGACUCUUACGCACGACUGGACGGGCGCGAGCGUCAGUACGUGGGGAGUGUGCCGGUAGCUCGACGGACCCCUGUGCCGGUGCCAAGGCACGAAACCACCCCAGAGGAGCGUCGGCUGCUGGACGGGACGGUGCUGCUUGACUGCGAGCGGCAGUCUCUGUUACUGGACCGGGCGUGGCGUGAGGGUUGGCUGCACCGCCGCUCCACCUCGCACCUGCUCUUUCUCAGCCCGGCGUUCGCGCAGCCCAACUCCCUGCGCUUUCUGCGCCUCAAUCCCUCCCGCGUUCACGUCGACGGCGUUUGCUGUGACGUGCUGCGACCGAGGCGCCAUCAACCCCACAACGCCCACGGAACCGACAGCAAUGUCGCGGUGGGCGUAGCAGGCUCACCAGGCUUGGGAGACGUCCAUGCCAGUACGGUGUCCCGUGCAGGUUUAACCCCGCCAGUGCCGCCCUUGCUGGACGGCCGACCAGCCGCGGAGUUCCGCGUGACCCGCAAGCUGCUCGGCGACGCCGUGAGCGCCAUCUCGCGUGAGCGGGCCCGCAGCGCCGAGGUCGCCACACGCCCACAGCUGUCGCUCCGGCUCACCUCCCUCUCCACGACCGCCGCCGCCCGCGCAGCGCAAGAGCUCGCGAACUCUCCUGCGAGCACGUCGUCGCUGGACGCUCCGCACGUGAUGCAGCUGGGCACUCUGCACAACGGCGACAGUUGCAGCAGCAGUGGUGGUCGUGGUGAGGUCGUCAGUACACAGCAGGAAACACCGAAUCUCUUCUGUACUCCUUCCCCGCACCACCCAUGCUUUCGGCACGAGGCGCUACCGGUUGUGGUGGAAGACGUCAACGGCGCCACCCACGUCUUCUGCACGCGCGCCACGUCGAUGGAGUCCGAUAUGAUGCGUGGGCUGAUGCGUGGGUGGCUGCAGCACCAUCACCGGCUGCGCCGUCAGCCCCUCUACAGCACCGCCGCCGACUUUUUGCUGGUGGGAGCCGCCACGCAGCGGAAGAGCGGUGCUCUUGCGGAGGCUGACGACGUCGACUACGUGGUGUGCACCGCGAUACCGUCCGCGGCGGAGGCGGCGGCUCUGCACGGAGACGCCACGGCGCCUUCCUCGCUGCGUGGAGCACACGCCGCCGAAGCGACUCAACACACCGAGACUGCUGUGACGAUUGGCGGCGAUGAAGGCAAAAGGGUGAUGAAGGAUACUGCUGCCUGUCCUGUGCUGCUGCGCGACGUUGAGCAGUUGGGCUGUGUGGCGUCCCCGGCUUCUGGCUUGCAAGAGAACGCACACCGCACCGCCGCUGCUGCGCGCCUCUUCCACGUUCGUCUGCAGGAGUGGCGCGCAAAACGCGAAGACGUCGUGCGGCGGAUGGACACUGUCGACCCGUCGUGGCUGAUGGUGGGCGACUGCCGUGGCCCGCUGCCCCGACCGCUGGCCCUCCACGUGACGGAGCAGCACCUGCCUUGGCUGGCGCGACAGCUGUGCCCCGACAGCGAGGGCGGAGGCCUAGCGGACUUGCAGGAGCUGCACCUGUGUGUGGCGGAGUUGCUACUGCCGCCUGGGUGGGUGUCGGCAUGGCAGUGGUGUUUGAGCAUCCUGCGUAGCCGCCGGAACCUCCUCGUCGUGAGUAUCGUGGCAGACGCUUCUCCAUCACCCAUGGCGCCGGCGGCGGCGACCGGGGAGGACUGCAUGAAAAACGUUGACGAUUCCACUGUCGUGCCUGCUUUGGAAUGCCUCAGUGACACCGCGGCAGGUCCGAUCCGUGCGCAGUUCAUGGAGGCGCUGUUAGACAUUUCCUCUUUGCAAGUGUUGGAUUUGCAUGGGGUCACCGCUGAGGCGGUCAUGCAGCUGCUUCAAGCGCGUACCUCCGCAGAGGCAGCGGGCGGAGAAGCAAACCAGCAGUCUUUCGGUGAGGUUUCCUGCGUCAGACUGGCGCGACUCCGCGAUUUGUACGUGACAGUGCGCAGAGGCCACGAUGCCGGCGCCGGCCCGCGAUCCACCCACUCCGGCGAAGUAUUUCUCUCCGCUGCGGUGUUUCCGUCUCUGCAGGUCUUCUGGUUGGAUGCGCCGCGGCUGCGCCGCUUUACCUUCGGCACAUCCCUUGUGCUGCGAGAGCUGCACCUCGUCUCUGACUCCGUCCUCCUCUGCUCCGCCUUACGUGGAGUGGAGGCGCUACCCUUUCUUGAGGUGCUGCACGUGGAGCGUGCCGUCAUUGACGACUGCGCCUUUUUGGGCGACUGUCUUGCCUUGCGGGAGCUGCUGCUGCACGCGUGCCGUCUCUCACCGACGCUGCUCGCUGCAUCUGUGGGGGGCGCUGCCAGCGGCGACAGCGGACAGGCGGAGGAGCUCCGUGGCGUCGAGCGGGCCCCGAGCCUGGAGACGCUCUCGCUGUGCUAUACGGACGAGGUGAGACAGCUGCGUAACUUUGCGCGGUGUCGCAGUCUACGGCGAGUGCUGCUCACACGAUGCAACGGCGUUAGCACCUCCUCUAUCGCCGGGUUCGAGUGUUUGCCACGCUUGGAACUGCUGGCGCUAGAGUACACCCGUGUCAGCGCGCUUUCUCACUUUUCCAAGGCACCUGCGUUGCAAGUGCUGCGCGUGGAUGGGUGCAAGCGGGUGCUGCGCUCGUCGGUCAUGGGACUGGAGAUGACCCCGCACCUGCGAGAGCUGUCGCUGCAGGACACGAACGUAUCGACUGUGGCCAACUUCGGUGGCGGCUGCACGGCACUGCGGUCGCUGGACUUGAGCGGGUGCCGGCACCUGGACGUGGACGGGCUGCAGGGCAUCCAGGCGCUGCCGCAGCUCGAGGUGCUGUCGCUCUCUCACACGCCCAUCACCGACGUCGAUUUCCUCGCCGACUGUAUGAGGUUGACGACGUUGUACGUGGAGGGCUGCACGGGGCUCCUGCCCGCGGCGCUGGAGGAGCUGCGGAGCUCGCCGGUGCUGCGGAGAAUCAUGGCGAACGGCUGCACCAGCCUAACGAGGGUCGGCCAGCUCGGUCGGUGUCGCCUGCUGGAGGCGCUAUCGGUUGCCGGUGCCGUGGCUUUAACGACGGCGGGGACGCAGGGCAUCGAGCACAGCCCCCACCUGCGCUUUUUGGAUCUUUCUGGCACGGCUGUGCAUUCCCUCCGCUUCCUCGCACGCGGCUGCCGAGGCCUGCGCUACUUGAGUGUGCGGGGCUGCCCGCUGAUCAGAAGCCUUCGCGAGCUCCACGGAGUCGAGGAGCUGCCACGGUUGCGGACGUUCAACAUGGAAAACUUGAGGGUGACUGGCAGCCUCGAUUUCUUGACGGUGUCAACGUCGCUGCAGCACGUGUCCUUUAGCGGCUGCGCCGGCCUGACGGAGGAAGACGUGCGUGCGCUGCAGCGCUCCGACAUCAGCACCUCCAUCCCGUGA